CUCGGAAAGCGUUAACCCAGGAGCUGGACACACAGCGCUCCCACCCAAGGUUCCUAAAAAAGAAAGGUGCAGAGUUUGGGGAGAGUGAUCAAAGCUUCUUCUCCAAGACUUCCUGUUGCUCAGCGCUAUAUAAAGCGAUGCACCGGCUGCGGAGACACAGCGCCCUCGCCCUCGCCCCUCCGCGGCCUCCCAGUGCCUGAGGUUUCCCGGGAACCACAAUGACCAAGUUGCUGUGCUGCGCGCUGCUGCUUCUGGACAUCUCCAUUAAAUGGACCACCCAAGAAACCUUUCCUCCGAAGUACCUUCAUUAUGACCCAGAAACUUCUAGGCAGCUGAUGUGUGACCAAUGUCCUCCUGGCACAGCGCUUAAACAACACUGCACCACAAGCUGGAAGACCGUGUGUGUCGCUUGCCCUGACUACCACUACACCGACAGAUGGCACAACAAUGUCGAGUGUCUGUACUGCAGCCCAGUGUGCAAGGAGCUGCAGUACGUGAAGCAGGAGUGCAACGCCACCCACAAUCGCGUGUGUGAGUGCGAGGAAGGUCGCUACCUGGACCUGGAGUUCUGCAUCAAGCACAGACCCUGCCCCCCGGGGUUUGGAGUCCUACACCCUGGAACCCCAGAGCGAAAUACAGUUUGCAAAAGAUGUCCAGAUGGGUUCUUCUCGAAUGAAACAUCAUACAAAGCACCCUGUAGAAGACACACAAAUUGUAGUGAUUUUGGUCUGCAUCUCACUCAGAGAGGAAAUGCAACACAUGACAAUAUAUGUUCUGGAAACAGUGAAUCUAAUAAGAGAUGCGGAAUAGAUGUCACUCUGUGUGAGGAGGCAUUUUUCAGGUUUGCUGUUCCUACAAAGAUUACCCCUAACUGGCUCAGUGUCCUUGUAGAGAAUUUGCCUGGCAACAAAAUAAAUGCAGAGAGCAUAGAAAAAAUAAAACGUCGGCACAGCUCUCAAGAACAAACUUUUCAGCUGCUAAAGUUGUGGAAGCAUGAAAACAAAGACCAAGAUAUGGUCAAGAAGAUCAUCCAAGAUAUUGGCCUCUGUGAAAGCAACGUGCAACGCCAUAUGGGACAGGCCAACCUCACCUCGGAGCAGCUUCACAGACUGAUGGACAGCUUGCCAGGGAAGAAAGUUCCCAUGGAAGACAUUGAGAGAGCCACAAAGACAUGUACCUCCAGCGAGCAAAUCCUGAAGCUGCUCAGCUUGUGGAGAAUAAGAAAUGGUGACCAAGACAGCCUGAAGGGUCUGAUGGAGGCCCUCAAGCAUUUGAAGACAUACCACUUCCCUAAAACUGUCACUCAGAGUCUGAAGAAGACCAUUCGGUUCCUGCACAGCUUUACAAUGUACAGACUGUAUCAGAAACUAUUUAUAGAAAUGGUCGAAAAGCAGGUGCAAUCCGUAAAAAUAAGCUGCCUAUAACUGGGAAUGGUCAUUGAGUGGUUUCUGGGCCACAUUGUAGUGAACUGUUUCUCAGGCACCUGAUGGGAGCAAUAACGUCUUUCUCCUCACCAAGUGUUAAAUCUGGCCAUAAAGUACACUAGAAGCUGUGGUGUAGGAAAGAACUAACUUCUCCCUCAUUCCUUCCUCUGCUCUCUAAGUUUAUUCAAUUCCAAAUUGUUUUCCCAACUAAAAGAUCUGGCCCAAUAUCUACUGACUAUUGUUUUCCCCUUAUUACUACUUAGAGUAAUUCAACUGGAAAUAAGAAACUAG